UUAAAUAUCAAUUCUUCAGUGCCUAUUUAUCUUUCUCCCUAAUUAGGUAGUCUGAUUAUGUUGGUUUCGUGUAGCCCUGAAGUUGAUGGUCUUGUGGUGUUUGGAGGUUGGGAAAAAGAUUUUUUCUUUCUAAUGAAAAAGGCUGGCUAUUACAAACAACCAGCCAAUUCUUUUACUCCAUAAGCAUAUUCGGCAUACGCAAAGGGAGAAAGGAUAAACAUGUCCGGGGUGCCAUGUUGAGAAGCUUCAGAUGUUUGAGUACCAAGUAUUUCUCGCGGACACCGCUUAAUUUGGAAACUUAUACGAGACGAUUGCAAAAAGUAGAUUCUCGAAAAGUUACUUCUGAUGGAUUGGUAGACUUGAUUAGAGCCAAUAGAAGGCUACAAUUGCAGCGGCAGGGCCAUCAGAAGUCCGGUGACGAUUUUUUGGGGAUCACCGUGGCCCAGUCCAGGACGGAGUACGAAGAGCAGUUGUGGAAUGAGGUGUUCCACCGGUAUCGGAAGUUGGUGGACGAUUCAGUUUUGGCGAAGUAUAUCUUCACCGUGCCCAAACCUAGUAAUAUCAAAGGAUUGUUCGAUGAGUUUAAGGGGAAGUACCACCAAGACUUAUCUGGAAAGCAUAUAAACGUUGAGUUGGUUAAAUGUUUCAUACACUUUUUACUUGCGAAUAAAGAAUAUUAUAAUUCGAUAAAGUUUAUAGACUUGACAAUUAAUCAUCCCAAAACUCAUAAACUCAUUCGAGCAAACUUGAUCAAGGAGUCUGGCUAUAUAGGGAUUGGACUCGUUUUGUUGCUGGCGGUACAGGCGCUAGCAUUGCCUUUAAUUCCAUUCCAUCAGUACUUGCUCUUCAAUGGUGGGAUUGGAUUUGCAUUGGGUUACUUGUUCCUUCGAUUGAAUACAAUCAACGAAGUUGGGAGGGUCAGCUGGAGAUCGUACAAGUCGUUAUUGUACCGAUACGAACACCAACACGAAUUGAAACUAGUUAAUAAGAUUCUAACUUAUUUCGAAGAGCAUAAUGAAAUAAACAUUAGAAAUUUCCAUAAUAGUAAGGUUCGGAAAAUGUCGAGUUUGAACAUAUUUGAACUGAACUCUUAUGUGAUUGAACUACCAAAUAAUGAAAACUUGAUUUUAUCUUCUUCAAGUAACCCAAUCCACUCUCCCCAAGAAGAAAUUGAAAUUGUUCGUUUACAAAAAUUUUUCAAAAAUCAAUUGAAUAAGAGAAAAUUGGUUUUAAACGAUCUACAAAGUGAAUUGAUCUUUCUAGAGUUCUGGCUCACUCAUGGGGAAAACUUCGAAUGGGUAGAACCCGACCAGGACCCGGCUGAACUAAUUAGAUUUAUUCAUAAGUAAUACAUGGUC